CCCGUAGCGAUGAUGCGAUUUGAGGCUCUGUUGGCCUUUGCUCAAAACUAUGCAAGAGGUUCAAGGACGAAGAAAGUGCUUGACGUGAUCGAACUUUGAGUGGUGGAAUGUUCGCACUGCCUGCGCCAUAUUUUCCCCGCAGUAUUGCCCCCGCAGUAUUUCCCCCGCAGUUUUCCCUGCCAAUAUUUCCCCACACUUUUCGGCGGGACAGCUUGUGGAGGCGCAACGCUAGAGACGGGACAUAGAUGUUCGGAUGUGGGACCGCUGGAUCUGGGGUGAAGGCAAUUAGAUCAAGGGUGGUCUAGCCCGUCUUUCGCUAUAUAUUACUGAUCACAGUACAGUAACAGUACCCCAUGUUACAACAUGUGAGAGAGAUAAAGUCAAAGGCUCACGCUCAGUUGAUUUAUGGACUGGAGCCCUGGCAGCUUCAUCAUUUGUCCUUCAGUUCAACAAAUUGUCAUUGUAAUCAACAUAAGCUCGGCAAAAUGUUUUCUGAUGGGACAAUUCAGGAGAAAGCCGACAACAAUGACACUGUCCAUCACGAGCAGGCCGGAAGAGACAAUCUGAAGUCGGCGUCUCCUCCUUCUCUGGACGCGAAUCUAGUGUAUGACAACGACGAAGAAGAGCCAGAGAUUCAUACGCGGACCUAUCUCGCUCUACUGGCCAUGUUCACGCUGAAUUUGGUCCGGGUGUUAGCUCUCCAAGGACCUCCUGCAGUCUUAUCCUACAUAGGAAAAGAUCUCAAUGAUCCGGUUCGUGAGACCUGGGUGCCGAAUGCCCUCUCACUAGUGCAAGCGGUCGUGGCUCCCGUCAUCAGCUCUGCCUCAGACACUUUCCAAGCUCGGAAAUCACUUCUCGUAGGCUGUUCUCUGAUAUCUUUUAUCGGUGCAGCGAUUGCGCCGGGAUCUAAGGACAUCUACCGGCUGAUAGUCGCCCAGAUCUUGAUUGGAUUUGGUUUUGCUACAGUUCCACUAGCCUACUGUGUUCCCAGUGAAAUACUUCCAAAGAGAUGGAGGCCUAUGGUGCAAGCUGGUAUGAACGUUGCUGCGGCUCUUGGCGCUUGCAUAGGACCUUUGAUAGUUGGUGCUUUAACAAGGACAAACUCGCAUACUGGGUGGCGUAAUUUCUAUUGGUUUCAAAUGGCACUUUGGGGAAUAACCGCGCUUGGUAUCUUCCUUGGCUACAGACCGCCAAAGAGACAUACUCGUCUUGAUCACCUGUCGUUUGCACAAAAGAUCGGGCGACUCGAUCUUCCAGGUUUUGCCCUUCUUACUGCUGGUCUCGCUCUGUUUUUGACUGGGCUUAAUCUUGGUGGAAGUAUUUUCCCAUGGCGAGCUGUUGAAACACUGUCUACGCUGAUUAUUGGCCUUGUGCUCCUUAUCGCGUUCGGUAUUUACGAAUGGCUGUUCACUAAGACAGGCAUCUUGCAUCAUGAUCUUUUUGUCGCUGGAAAGGAUACCGGACGUACCUUCGCUAUCUGUGUUGGCCUUAUGUUCAUUGAAGGCAUCUUGCUCUUUAGCUAUAUCAUAUUCUAUCCGGUCUUGACAACCUCGCUUUUUGAGACAGACGCAUUUCUGUUAACGGCAAGAGAGCAGCCUUUUUGGGUAGCUGCUGGAUUAAGCACAAUACCUUAUGGCUACGUCAGCACAAAGCUGAGGAACAUUAAGGGCCCACUGUUCGUUGGAUUCCUCCUCAUGACUGCUGGCAUCGUCGGACUCGCUACGGUUGAACCAAGCCAUUCCACGAAUGCGGUUAUCUUUUCCGGGCUUGCUGGUGUUGGAUUCGGCGCUCCCCUCAUACUAAUCAUCUCAGGAGUCCAGCUUUCUACACCCCAUCAUCUGAUUGCUACUGCGACUGCAGUGACCACGUCAUUCAGAGCUGUGGCCGCAACUGUUUUUACCGCAAUCUAUGCUGCGGCACUGAGUAACCGGCUCGCUAGUUACAUACCAAGCUAUAUAGCUGCGGCAGCCAGAAGCGCCGGGUUGCCUACAAGUUCUAUUACGGAAUUUGUCGGAGCUCUAGCCUCCGGUAAUGCCACAGGAGUCGCACAUGUCCCUGGAGUCAAUCCGCUCAUUGUUGCAGCAGGAACUGCGGCUUUGAAGCAAGCAUCAGCAGAUGGGAUACGAGUAGUGUUCAUCAUAGCAGCUCCGUUUGGUGCAGUGGCGUGCAUAACCUGCUUCUUUAUUGGCGACCUAAGGAAGGUUAUGAAUUACCAUGUUGACGCGCCAUUGGAGGAUUUACACGCGAAGAACCAUCACGCCGUAACUGCUUAAGACAUUGAAAACUUCAUACGGAGGGAACAAAGUUGCAUUUAAAGCACUGCUUCUAAUUAUAGCUGAUAUAAAUCUGCGCAUUUUACUUAGCCACGC